AGUGUCCCUCUAUUGCAGUGUGUGUGUGUGUCACGGUAUCGAUUGCAGGAAUGUGAUUAGAAUAAAGAAUCAGAGGCCGCGCGCAAAGAACUUACAAACGCGCACAGAACGCCCCGCUCUGAUUCCUCUGGUCACAGAGUUACAGUGAAACACACACGUGACCCUAUAAUAUGUCUCAGUAAGUGGAGUCGCACAGGCACGAGAAGAGCUUGCAAUAUAACAGCCAGUGACUUGCUAAUUCCCCCUGCCCUUCCUCUCCUACCUUGAAUAAUUCAUUAAGUACUGAGAGUCCCAUGUCUAUAGAUCCAUUAACCCAUUACACACAUCCUGGGACUGUCAGGUAAGCGCUUCUAUGUGCAGCUCUUGGAGAACGGAGCCAAUAAUGGAGAGUGCAGACUCCCGGCUCAUGUCACUUGAUACUCAGUAAGAGGAAAGAGAAGAGAGCCCCCAGCUGAGCGCAGAGCAGGAGCAAGUGAUGCAAAGGCGAGUGUGCGGUUAUGUGCCAGAGCGCACAGGCCAAUAGGGAACAAGGGGGCGGAGACCAGUGAGUGACUGUCAGCUGGGGAGGGACUGCUCUUAUCCAAGUGGCAGCUCAUAUAAAGCACAAUUCCCACUACUGAGCACACAUGCCAAGUGACUUGGAUAUGGGAAUGUGCACUGCAAGGCUGGGACAUAGUGGAAAGAAGCCACCCUAACACUGAAGGCUGAAAUAGAAGCACCCAUCCAACUUUAAUCAUCCUAGCACCCCUCUCACCAGACCUAAGAAGCCCAGUGGCACCCCUUCCUACAGUAAAUAUUCUGCCCACUGAGAGUACCAGCCCUGGGAGCUGAAGGUACCCUGGCUUCAUCUGUGGGAUCAGCUUAUUGGAAGUAUCACCUGAACCUUGGGAGGAACACACAGUAUUCGCCUGAUCUACAGAUAUCCCAGUGCUUGAUGUGCUUCCCCUGUGCCUCAGCUUGAGUGAAAGGAUUCUAGUGCCCACAUCACCCAGUCCAUGCCUCCUGCACUGUCUGAAGCCCUCACAUCCAAGGGAACCUAAACCCAACAGCAGAAGCUCAUCAUGCUUUGGAAGACAUAUGAGGACCUUGGCCAGUCCUCUGCACCCAAACUCUUGCUCUCAUUCCUCUGUGCCUUGGCUACUUUGCACAUCUUGAAGUGGAUCCAUGAAUGGAUAAUCCCUAGAUGGAGUGGAUCCUCUCAGCCCCCUGGUCCCUUCCCCUGGCCAGUAAUUGGCAAUGCCUUGCAGAUAGGUGGCUACCCUCACCUGGCCUUCAUAGAUUUAGCCAAUCGCUUUGGCAAUGUGUUUCAGAUCAAACUGGGAAGCCAGAAGGUGGUGGUGCUGAAUGGAGACUUGGUCAUCCGCCAUGCCCUGCUGCACAAGGGGGCAGAUUUUGCUGGGCGCCCAAAAUUUACCUCCUUCAAAUUUGUGUCAGGGGGACGCAGUCUUACUUUUGGGUGCUAUAAUGAAAGAUGGAAAGCCCACCGCAAAUUGGCACACUCUACUCUGCGAACUUUCUCCACUGGGAACCCUCAGACCAAGCGCUGUUUGGCAGAGAAUGUGUUGAACGAGGCGCAGGACCUCAUUGCUCUUUUCAGUGAGCUGGGGGAAGGGGGCAAGUACUUUUACCCUGAGAGACACAUUGCUGUGGCUGUGGCCAAUGUGAUGAGUGCAGUGUGUUUUGGAAAGCGCUACCAACAUGGGGACCUUGAGUUUCAGUCUUUACUGAGCAACAAUGACAAGUUCACAAGGAGUGUGGGGGCUGGCAGCUUGGUGGAUGUGAUGCCCUGGCUCCAGUGCUUCCCCAAUCCGGUCAGAAGUGUCUUCAAGAGUUUCCAGCAGGUCAACUAUGAGUUCUACAACUUUGUCUAUACCAAGUUUUUGUUGCAUCGAAGCACAGUGACUAAUACAGUCACCAGAGACAUGAUGGAUGCAUUCAUCCACAUCCUUAUUACCAAGGACCAGCAGUGUAAGACCAAUGCAGAUGAUGAUGCUGAUGGAGGAGAAGAUGAAGCAAAGAAUGGGCAACACUCCUUUCACUUGCUGGAGGCAGAUCAUGUGCCAUCCAUAGUCACUGAUAUAUUUGGUGCCAGUCAAGACACUCUGUCCACAGCUCUACAGUGGGUCAUAUUCUACCUGAUCAGAUACCCAGAAAUUCAAAGUAAGAUUCGAGAUGAACUGGACAGGAUUAUUGGUAAAGAUCGCUUGCCAUGUAUAGAAGACCAACCAAACCUACCCUACUUAAUGGCAUUCCUUUAUGAAUUAAUGCGAUUUAGCAGCUUUGUUCCUGUCACCAUUCCCCACGCGACCACAAAGGAUACAAAUAUCAUGGGUUACCAGAUUCCAAAAGACACUGUGGUAUUUGUCAAUCAGUGGUCCGUCAAUCACGACCCACAGAAAUGGUCCAAGCCAGGAGAAUUUAACCCUUCCCGAUUCCUAGAUGACAAUGGAUUCCUUAACAAAGACCUGGUGAGCAACGUCAUGAUCUUCUCAAUUGGCAAACGAAGAUGCAUUGGCGAGGAGCUGUCAAAGAUACAGUUAUUUAUGUUCACCUCAAUCUUAUUGCAUCAGUGUAUAUUCACAGCCAGCCCUGCGGAUGAUCUGAAUCAGAAGGGUCACUAUGGACUGAGCAUUAGGCCCAAAACUUUCAGAAUGAACAUGACCCUCCGAAACGGCAGCAUGGACUUGCUGAAUAAUAGUGUGCGACGUGGGACAGACGACUGACGAAUUGAAGAACAACUGCCAUUGAGACUGCAUUAUCAUUCUCAUUUCUUGCCAUUUUUUUUUUUAUUUCAAAUGUAUUUAUUAGUUUUGAAAACUUUUUAAAACCACGAUGAACUUGUUUUCAUUCAUUGCUGAUGCACUGAUACAGAAAUCCAAGCCUGGGUGCGAGUUCAAUAUAGAACAUAUUUGCCAUUUGCUUAAAGGAUAAGUAAACCUUAAAAAUAAGUCAAUGUAAAAUUGAUGAGAGUGCUAUUCUAAGCACUUUUGCAAUGUACAUUUAUUAUUUAUUCUUUUUAAAUUCCAAGAUAUUAAGGGAUACAUGUACUGUAGUGAUGGGCGAAUGAGUCCCGUUUUGUUUCACCACGAAAUUCGCAAAUUUGUUGGGUGAAAAAUUUGUGAAACUCGAGUUAUGACACCAGCGACAAUUAGUCUGUGUCAAAAUGGAUGCCAGCGACAUCUGACGCACAUUGAAGUCAAUGGGUGUCCGUUUAAUUUUCGCCAGCGUCAAAAAUCUUUUUUUUCGUGGCAAAUUCAGGAAUUUAUUCGCCAAAACUGCCAAAUUCAUGCCUGGCGAAUAAAUUCGCCCAUCACUAAUGUACUGUUAAUAUGAAUGAAUUUUGUUACAACAGCGCCACUUGCUGGUCAUUUUCCCACCAGUCUGACCACCAAGUAGUCAAGGAAGUUGUCAGGAGAAAGAAAGAGGCUGCUCUGAUGUUCAUCUGCUUAGGAAAAAAAUUAGAAACCUUUCUCAAAUCUUUCCUAAGCAGAAGUCCGCAGCUGGCCUUAUCACUUGUAUGGGGUGUGUAUAUGGAAUGGAUACACCGAAUCCAGGAUUCGGUUCGGGAUUCGGCCAGGAUUCAGCCUUUUUCAGCAGGUUUCGGCCGAAUCCUUCUGCCUGGCCGAACCGAAUCCUAAUUUGCAUAUGCAAAUUACGGGCGGGGAGGGAAAUCACGUGACUUUUUGCCACAAAACAAGGAAGUAAUAAAGGUUUUGCUCUUCCCACCCCUAAUUUGCAUAUGCAAAGUUGGUUUCGGUUUGGUAUUUGGCCGAAUCUUUUGGGAAGUAUUCGGGGGUUCGGCCGAAUCCUAAAUAGUGGUUUCGGUGCAUCCCUAGUGUAUGGUAUGUGUGCAUUAAUUGCGCUCUUUUCAGUGUGCCGCACAUGCACAUCUCUAGGUUUUGUUCAACUUAAUGCAACAAUAGUGCAUCAUAAGGAAGCAUGUUAUGUUAUAAUGUUCUAUAGUUCGGCAGGCAGCAGUAUAAUAUGCCUUUAGCUUAGGAGGAACCAGAUAAACAAGAUUUAUAAU